GGCAAAAAUUGAUUACUCAGGGGGAUAAGGGGUUCAGGCAGGGGGGUUUAGGGUAGUAUCACUUUUUUGUAUGUUGUAAAGUUCAGGGAUAUAAAGUAUUAGCUGACGAUAAGCUACAGAAGACUAUUGUCGACACUGGAUGCUCAAUAGACAUGUUUCAUCCAAAAGUUAGGGAUGGAUUAUCUGGUCAAAACUACAAAUUGGACAAUCCUAUUGAAAUCCUACAAGGCAGCGGAUCUGUUUCCACCAAUCAACUAGCGAAAGCGAAGUUCGGUUCCGUCUUAAGCCAUCUUACACGCCGUCUAGGCAAAACCCAUACCAUCUCAACCCCCUCCCACGCCGUCUCGGCAAAAUAAACCAUCGGUUUAAAACCCGAUACUUUUUUUUGUGGUUUUUAUUAUACAAUAUUUACGUGCGGGUUUUC